AUGCUCCAACAGCUAUCAUCAAACAACAACAACAACAAGAAGAAAUAUAAUAAUGAGAUGAUGUCACGUAUAACUCAACUUGACUUGCAAUAUCUUAGCCUUGGCACUAUAAGUGAAGGUACACUAGGCUCUCUGUUUGGAUGCUUCAAGAGCACAUUGGCCAAGCUUACGUUGUACCCUUCAUCAAGUCAAUAUGAGUACUUGCCAAGGUUGCUGGAACACAUAACAGGCAUUAACUUUCCAAACCUCUCAAGUCUCAAACUAGUGUUCGUCCGUGGGAUCACAGAAGUUAACAAGGUACUGGCGUUCUUGGAGACGAUCUUGGCUAAACAGACUCUCACCAAGUUGUCAAUCGUCUCAUCACAAACCGAACACAACUUUGACGGUGCUAUGCCGAGAAACCAUGAGGCAACCAAGCUAUUUGAACGAAUCUUUGGCAUCAUUGCUGCUAAGCAGCAAGACAAUCGUAUCCAAUCACUGAGUAUUGCGGGUCUACAUGUUGGCUGCCUCGAUACAUUCCUGCGAGGACUGAGCAUGAUCAAAGGCCUUAAACGACUCAAUCUUUAUUCAUUCAAUAACUACACUUAUGAUUGGAUUGAUCGGUUCAAUAGUGGAUUCACCGAAUAUCUCAAGUCAUCAACAUCAAAGUCCAUCACGAGACUCAGCACUCCACUUCCAGUUUGUGAUACAAUAGUGUCGACCAUCACGAACAUGCGGGGAAUAACAAGGUUGAGAAUGAUGCCUUUGGGAAUUCCAAUAUAUCCAGAUACAUUACAACAAGUUGGUUUCACGAACAUGGUGUCCAACAACUAUCUCACAAGACUGGACUUGGAUAUUCAUCACUACUUAACAGAAGACAAUGUUGAUUCAUUCACGGAAAUGUUAAGAGCGAGCAAGUCAUUGUGCCAUUUAAAUCUUGGUGAUGUCAAACAUCUCCAUAGGAAGCAAUUGAAGAAGUUGAUGGCAUCGUUGGUCGGCCAGACCAACAUACAAACACUACAUUACUCCAAUAGUAGUAUAUUGGACUUUGAUUAUUCACAAUAUGGAUCCAAUGUAGAGUUUGAUAAUUAUUAUACCAACGACAAUGACCAUCUGGCCAUUGGUGGUCUCUUCAGUGGACACUCAAUCAAUUACAUCAAUCAAUAUACCCUUUACUUCCACAAAGUCGACUUGUAA